AUGCCCAGAGACGACUUGUCCAUCGAUUUCGUCAAGAGGAUGCCUCAAGCUGAGCCCCUCGACCCGAGCUUAAUACUCGAUGAUUGGAUCAACCGCGUUCAGAAUUUCCCCGAGGAGAUUCGCUUUAUGCAGGAUGAGAUCGCAGAGAAGGACCGACAUUAUAACGAAUGCAUCCGGAUGAUCGAAGACCGCGACGCUAAGAUUCAGAAAUGGAUCAAAACCAAUGGCAGUCAUGAACCGAACCCCAGAGAAGACUUAUUGCGCUCCCAAAUCCGAGAGAAUUACGCCAAAGCCGACCGUCUUGCUCAGGAGAAGAUUGAUCUGGCACGAAAGCUGCAAGUGACCAUGGACAAGCAUCUACGCAGUCUCGACAUACAAAUAAAACUGUUGUAUGACCGGGCUGAGCCCGGAUUCAACGACCCCGAUGAGGUUCCGUCAUUGCUACGUCCCAGCGCUGCCAACAUUGCCGCGCCGUCGAUUCGGACAAGCAAUCCCUCGAGUAUGACGGUAGGCCCGACUCUCGCUCCCAUCAGCACUGGAUCCAAUCCUGCAUUGGCUCGACUACCCACACAUCCGCAUAUACGUCAAGCGCAAACACCACAACAGCAGCAGCCACCAAAUCAGCCACAUGCUGCUUCAGCACCGGCAACUCCUGCUGCGAGCAUUAUUAUUAAUAGACAUAGGGAGGGCUCUGCAGGACCGGCCACGAAGCGAGGACCUAGGGUAGCCCCCGGAGCAGGCACCGCCCCAACCACGUCGAGCGGGCUUGCACGACACUCAUCUCUAGGCCCAGGAACCACGAAGAACAACCCCGCGACUGGUCCUAAUGGGGCCGUCCGAGCUGGCAGUGCUGGCCCAAGGGCCACAACAACCAAGUUAGGAAACGGGCCAGGCAGUCGACGAGGCACACCCACUGCGCCGAACCGCAAGAAACCCCCACAUAAGUCCAAGCUAUCCCGCGUCAAGAAAGCCUCUGCUAGAACCUCGCCAGCCUCGACAGCAGAAAGUGACUUGUCAGAGGCCGAGAGUGGCAGCGGCGACGAUGCUGCCCGGCGCUCUGGGUCUGCCGCUGAUAGCAAAGAUGCUGAUGGCGAUGAAGUCAUUUGUGACGUUGAUGAUGAUGACGAGGAAGAAGAGGAAGAAGGCGGCGAUGAUAAGAAAUACUGCUUAUGCCACCAUGUUAGCUACGGCGACAUGGUUGCGUGCGACAAUGACAACUGUCCUUACGAGUGGUUCCAUUGGUCCUGCGUUGGACUAAAAAGCGAACCAAAUGGCACUUGGUACUGUCCAGUGUGCUCGGAGAAGUUGCAGAAGAAAGCCAAGUAA